GAAGACUCCAGUCGGACCCGACAUUGAAUGCACAAGGCGACACAAGAAAUACCUCCUAACUCCGUUCGAGAGUUGACUUAAUUGUGUUCGUGCGAAAGAGCCAGGAAGUUUGCAGAGCCGGAAUCGUCGGCAUUCGAAUUGAGAUUCGGGCCGUCUCCGCCAUCCCGCUGCAUUCACGAUCCGCGCUCACGACGUAUAUUGUCAUACCGGAGCGUAAGCUACGCAGGAACAUGAUGUAGUGCCGCAACACCUUCUUCGGAACAUCAUCAUCCACUCCAAGUGAAACUAGAUAGCCACCUCGGCUUCCCGGACGCAGCCCGAGUGCCACUUGUUCGAACGAUGCGGUAAGGUAGUAGAAGAGCAGCGUCAGCGAACAUGGCGGUGAUCGCAAGGCGCGCAGCCUUCGCCGAAGAAGCGGCGGAGGUGGAGGUGCUACAUGCGACUCUGGAGAAAAUGAAAUCGGUCAGAAAGAAGAUUGAGGGUUCUAUGACAAGGCUCAACGAGUCUGGGCGGACGGUGCAAGAAGCGAUAGGGCCGAUGUAUGGUAAUACCCAGCGACUCCAGACGCAGACAGCCAACAUCGACCGGAUCAUGGAGGCCAUAGAGAAGAUCAAAGAGCCGCUGAACAUGCGGGACCGCGAGGAGCGAAUACUGCGCGCAAGACCGGAUAGGGUGGGCUUGCAGGAGUACAUAGCCAGCAUUGAUCGGACGAAUCAAGCAUUGAGGCGCUUGAAGACCACGAACAUGCGCACGAAUCAGCAAGCCAUUGGUGAGUUGAAUGGCUUACUGCAAGUUGGCAUCCAGCAUCUGGAGGACUUCUUCCGCGACAUUCUGCGCCAGGACUCGCAGCCAAUCGAGCCUCUAAAGCAGAUCACGACGGGCGGUCCGUACCCCAAGAUUAGCUCGAAACGAUCUGAUCAGCUUCGAACGAUCAAUCAACACAUUGCGACUUACACAGCGCAACACCCUCAACCCGGAGAGCUGUCGGCUUCGGCGAAAGUAUACGCUCAUGAGCGUGGGCAGUACAUAAUGCUGUCGCUGCAGAAUCUUGCAACGGCGUGCAAGUCCACUGCUCGCAAGCUCGACCCGAAUGCGGUCUACAAGCGAGGCAGCAACGGUAUCGGAUCGUAUGCACACGGCCUGCUGGGCAUGUACACUGCGGAAUACGACAACAUCUGCCACGUCUUCAGCAGAGAGCAGUGGCCGGUGAUAUUGCUGGCCACGUGCCAGAACUCGCUGGUAGCUUUUGCCUCGACUAUGCGCGACCUCGAUGCGCACGUUCGGGAGAACUUGUUCACCGACUGCUUCCUUGCGUAUGAGAUUGUUGAGGUUAUCUCGCACAUCUCGCUCCAGUUAGAAGAGAGGACCGGCGAGCUCAAGCAGCCCAUAUCUGACGCACUGAAGCCUGUGCGGGAGACUGCCAAAGGGUCCUUAGCAACGUUACUGAACGACGUGCGAACUCGCGUACAGCAGACGCAAUCAUUACCCGUUGAUGGCGGUCCCAUACCGCUUACUACCGACGUCAUGACCAGGUUACAGCUCAUGACCUCGUACCUUGCACCACUGAGCAGUAUUAUGCGCAGCUUAGGCGAUGGCGGAUGGUCGACACCGAAUGCCGGUACAUCAGGCUCCUCGAUACCCACCCUGAAGUCCUUCGACGUCGGAGCAGACGGCAAACAGCUCUUCGCCCACUACGCUUCAGACACCAUCGAGACCCUCCUCUCCAACCUAGAGUCCCGCGCCCGCGUUGCUAUCCGCAACAAAGGGCUGCAGGGCGUCUUCAUCGCGAACAACGUCUGCAUCGUCGAGCGCAUGAUCCGCUCUUCCGACCUCGAACCCCUCAUCUCCGCCACCAUGCAGCCCAAACUUGACGCAUGGCGCAAAAAGGCCACCCAAGCCUACACCGACGCGUGGCGCGAGUGCGCCACGCAUCUCAUCGAUCAACAGUUCACGUCUAAAGCGGUUCGCCCGCCCUCCACCGGCGCAGCCGUCGACAGCGCCGCCAUCCUCAAGAAUCUCAACAGCAAGGACAAAGAAGCCAUCAAGGACAAGUUCAAGAACUUCAACGCCAUGUUCGACGAGCUGGCCGUUAAGCACAAGUCGUACAAGAUGGAGGCGGAUGUGCGCAGGGCGUUGGCGAGGGAUGUGCAGAAUUACAUCCAACCGCUUUAUGACAGAUUCUACGGCCGGUACCAUGAGGUGGACAAGGGGAAGGGGAAGUAUGUCAAGUAUGACAAGCAGAGUAUGGGUGCUGCCCUUUCCGCGCUGGCAUAGGAUGUUAGGCGUAGGAGCACGGGGGCGCUGGAUCAGCUGCGAUACGCUUUUUGUGUGGUAAAGAAGACGGAGAUGAGGAGCAGUGUUGAGGGGUGGAGAAUGGAUGGUAGUGAAGAUCGAUGGCAAGCUGAGGGUAACAGAGGGCGGGUUGAUGAAGUUUGAUGUUGACGCGUUCCAAGCGAGGUGUUUGGCGUGCUCCUCCGAUGUGCAAUACAUCUCUUGGACCAAGUCUAAUAAAGCAUGGGUCGGUGGCCUAGGGAAGGCUUGUUAGACGGCUCGCAGUGUCGUACAGCAGCUUGUCAGUAGCUACCCACUGGUCCACGCGGACAUUGCAGUAGCACAAGUGAUAGCGUCCCACAAAUAGCUACGUGCAUGAACAUCUCCAAAAGCAAUGGCACGCGCACCGAGAUAG